AUGGCGCAACGACGGGACGCCUGCACGUGGAGGAGGCACAUCUGCGAGCAGCUCAAGCUCCGAGAUCGCCUGCAGCGCCAAGGCUUCGAAGAGAUCGUCCAUCAGUACAAUCGUCUGCUGGAGAAGUCGGACCUACGGGCCGUCCUGUCGGAGCGCUACCAGGGGGACAAGUACGACGGCGCGCGAGGACACGAAGCCACGGCGGCGACGGACGGCGGGCCCGCGACGGCGUCGCAGCAGGAGAUGGCCGACCUGAGGAUCCGCCACCAGGAGGAGCUCACCGAGCUACAUAAGAAACGAGGAGAGCUGGCCCAUACGGUGAUCGAGCUCAACGACCUGAUCCGGCAGAAGGACAAAGAGAUCCAGAACAACGAGGCCGAGAUGUCAGAGUACCGGCGGCAGACGGCCGGCCUGGAGGCGGACUGUCGCGAUCUCCGCAACCGCUUGCAGGACCUGGAACGGGCCAACCAGACGCUGAAGGACGAGUACGACGCCCUGCAGAUCACCUUCGGCGCCUUGGAGGAGAAACUGCGCAAGACCACGGAGGACAACCAGGAGCUGGUCUCGCGCUGGAUGGCCGAGAAGGCUCAGGAAGCCAACCGCCUCAACGCCGAGAACGAGAAGGACAGCAGACGCCGACAGGCCAAGCUGCAGAAGGAGCUGGCCGAUGCCGCUAAAGAACCGCUUCCCGUCGUCGACCCGGACGACGACAUCCAAGUUCUGGCCGAGGAGUCCGGGAAGGCCGGCGGAGAGUCUCCGCGGAACACGCCGCUCGGCAGAACUCCCAGUAAGAAAAUAUCCCAUGCGCCGCCCGGCAGUCUGUUAGACUCCAUCUCUAACAUCUUCGGGUGUGGCGAUCCCUCAUUGCGCUCGUCCUCGCUCGACAGGCGGCGAGGCGCCAACUCUCCAGGAACGUCUCCGGAAAAUAACGAGGCGCCGGCGGUUGUCCGCGCGGACGUCCGGGUCCCGUCUGCCGCGCUGCACGUAUUUGAGGCGCACGACGGCGAGGUCAACGCGGUGCGCUUCGGGCCCGGCUCGCGUCUCUUGGCCACGGGAGGCACGGACCGCCGGGUCAAGCUGUGGGAGGUCAUCUCGGGUCGCUGCGAGCCCAAAGGAGCCUUGACGGGCAGCAACGCCGGCAUCACCAGCAUCGAAUUCGACAGCGCCGGUUCCUACCUGUUGGCCGCCUCCAACGACUUCGCCAGUCGAAUCUGGACUUUGGAAGACUACAGACUGAGGCACACGCUGACGGGACACAGCGGCAAGGUUCUGUCGGCCCGCUUCCUGCUGGACAACGCUCGCAUCGUGUCGGGGAGCUACGACCGCACCCUUAAACUGUGGGACCUCCGCAGCAAAGUCUGCAUGAAGACGGUGUUCACGGGCUCCAGCUGCAACGACAUCGUGUGCACCGAGCAGUGCGUCAUGAGCGGCCACUUUGACAAGAAGGUCCGAUUCUGGGACAUCAGGGCGGAGAGCGGCGUGCUGGAGCUGGAGCUUCAGGGUCGGGUGACCUGUUUGGACCUGAACCACGAGCGCACCGAGCUCCUGGCCUGCUCCAGAGACGACCUGCUCAAGAUCGUGGACCUUCGCGCCAACGCCGUCCGACAGACCCUCAGCGCCGAGGGCUUCAAGUGCGGCGCCGACUGGACACGAGUCACCUUCAGUCCUGACGGAAAUUAUGUGGCCGGCGGCUCGGCGGACGGAGCGUUGUACAUUUGGAGUGUUCUGACAGGGAAGGUGGACAGAACGCUGGAGCGCAAUCACAACUCUGCCAUCAACGCAGUGUCUUGGUCACCGUCGGGCGUGUACGUCGGCAGCGUAGAGAAGGGCGGCAAGGCCAUCCUCUGGUCCGACGUCUGA